GGUGCAGUCACGUGACUCGGGGUGGUUACACACUCGAGUCUCGGAGUCUCUCACUGCGAAGCCCCGGCGGAGGUGGAUUACGCUCCUGUUCGCUACCGGCGUGACAGUUGAAGACAUGACUGAUGAAGGGGGAAGACAGCGAGCCCCCCUUUUCGACCGGAAUGGCGUUCCGGCCGCGACCGCCACCUCGGUGGAUGUGGACACGGCCAUCGUGCUGCUCGGAGCCGGGGUGACUGCAAUCACACAUCCCCUACUUUAUGUAAAACUGCUAAUUCAGGUUGGACAUGAGCCCCUGGCUCCCACGCCGGGGACCACCAUGUUUGGGAGAAAAGUCCUCUACCUACCUGGCUUCUUCUCUUAUGUGCGCCAUAUAGUGAAGGUGGAUGGCAGGCGGGGGCUUUUCCGUGGCCUGCCCCCCCGACUCGUGUCCAGUGCCGUCUCCACUGUGGUCCGUACCAAGGUCAAGCAGGUGGUCCCCAGGGAAGAUGUGGAGCACGUGUCCAACCGAGAUGACCUGAAGACAUCACUCAGGAAGGUUGUGAGAGAGACCUCUCAUGAGAUGCUGGUCCAGUGCCUGUCCCGGAUUGCCACACAUCCCUUCCAUGUCAUCUCUGUCCGUUGCAUGGCCCAGUUUGUGGGCAGGGAGGUCAAGUACAGAGGCCUGUUCAGCUGCAUUGUCAAGAUCUUCCAGGAGGAGGGCGUGUCUGGCUUUUUUGUAGGUCUGGUGCCUCACAUCCUGGGUGAGGUCAUUUUCCUGUGGUGCUGUAACCUGCUGGCGCACUUCAUCAACACCUACGCUGUGGAUGACAAUAUCGCCGUCAGCGUACUGACCUACCCCUUCAUGCUGGUGGCUGACCUGAUGGCUAUCAACAACUGCGGCCUGGCAGCUGGCCUACCCCCUAACCUGCCCAUCUUCAGGUCCUGGAUCCACUGCUGGAAACACCUGAGCGCACAGGGGCAGCUGUUCCGAGGCUCCAGUUUCUUCUUCCGCAGAGUGCCUAUUGCAAAGGCCACGGUGGCCUUGGAUUGACCCUAGCCGCCAUCUUUAAGGGGACCGCCAGAACCGCCUAGUCCAUGUCCCUCCACCCUACCCAGUGUCGCUCUGCUGGGGCGUGAUCCAGUUUGGUGGCGACGCCGAGGAAUACCUAGCCAAUGAAUGAUCACAUGGUCAUCGCUCUUCAAUUUGAUUGGAGCACCUCCUCAGCAGAACUGCAUGUGUCCAACCUGUUGUGGCCCCUCCCCUACGUCCCCACCCCCCUCAUGCCUGCUAGGCUUCCUUCCCGUUGAUAGCCCUUCAGGGUGUGGUGACUAGAGAUAUUCAUCACCAAGGAGAUAACAUUGUUUUUCUGUCUGUCGUUUCUCGGAUUUUGUUUGUCCAGCUCCUCGCAUGAAGGUGUUUUUGGUUCUGUAAUUGGUACUUAGCUUGUGCUAACAUGAGCUGUGAAGCAGAGCUGCUCCUGCUUCCUUGAAGCAAGGAAGGUCCUGCCCAGUGUUACUUUAAACUAGUAGAAUGGCCCUUAGUCUCCGAAAUGCAUCAUCCUCAGUCAAUCUAUGUGACAUAAUAAUCAACCUGAAUUUUUAUGUAUAAAUAUAGGAAGAACAUACGCUCUCAGAAAAAAUGGUCCAAUUUUGUACCUUUGCUUGUCACUGGGACUGUACCCUUGUAAUUAUUCUGUUUAAGGUACAGAAAUGGCCUCUGAGGAACAUCCCAAAGGUACAAAAAGCAUUACUGUACCGUCAGUGGUACUGAAGUGUUUCUCAUCAUCCAUUUUUAUACCAUAAAAGGUACAGUUACCUACAGCUAAGGGUACAACUGGCAGACCCUUGAGGGUACAGCCCCAGUGACAAGCAAAGGUACAAACUCUUGCCCUUUUUUUCUGAGAGUAUAGGGAGGAGAUAACAAUAGAUUUCAUGUAGUGCAGGAAUGGCAAAAAAAACACAAAGCUCACACAUUCUCCGUCACUCUGUCUGCAUUGGAGGUUUGAGGUUCUUCUGACUUUUGCUAUUAUAAGAGAUUCAGAGGAAGCUCAUGGUGCAUAUGGGGUCAGCUUGAGGUUCAUGUCAUCACUGUGGGGUCUUCAUCAGACACUGUGGCCAGCAGAGUCUGCGCUGAGCUGGACACAGUCAUGCUUAUCUGAGACUAAGUCUACGUUCACACUUCUACGAUUUUGUUUACAUUAUAUGGGGACAUUAGUCUCCGUUUUUGCCUUUUGUCCAGACUACCCUGGAGUUUUCAGACCCUAAAAACAGAGACUUUUGACAACACUCACAGAGCCAUAUACUUCUGAAAAUUCCAUUUUAGCGUUGCAGUGUGGAUGAAAACAAAGACUUGAAAACACAGACCUUAGGAGCACCCUAAUUGGUCUCAUCAAAUGGCCCAUCAAUGAUUUGGUCCCGCUUGUUACACUCUUUGUCUGACUGGUCAGCUGCUGGUCACCCUACACAGAUGUAAACAGUAUUCUAACUUGCAACAAACAAAAGAAACAAAUUUACUGGUUGUUGAAGCAUGCAUGCCCAAUAUAGGCUAAUAGCUACAACAUAUACGUUUUUGCUCAUUUCAGUGUGGACGGAAAUACUUUUAUAAACAUUUUGAAAACGCCUGUGUGGAUUACGUUGGAAAACUUUAGACAAAAACGUAGCAGUGUGAACGUAACCUAAGACCAAAGGCUAAGGGUAACCAUGGUGAUACCUGUCAGAAGCUAAGAGUGACCUUAGCCCCACCCAUCUCAGGAUCAGCCUGGAGAAUAGCCAUGCCAAGUGUAGAUGAGAGUAACACUACACUGAGCUGGCCAAGACCACGCCCAGAAACAGCUAAUGCUACAUUAGGCUGAAAUGGUCUCGGGCACUGGAGCAGGAAAGGUCAUGACACCUUGGGCUCCAGAUCAGAGGUGGAUAGUCCAGGUCCAGAAAGUAAAAAUCCAGGCCAUGAUUUUGUUUUCAACCAACCAGUUCAGUAUAGAGAACAGCCACAGAGUACUCAACUGGUUGGUUAAAGCAAUAUCAUGGUCUGGAUUUUUACUUUCUGGACCUGGACUAUCCACCUCUGCACCAGAUAGCACAAAACCCUCUCUCUGCACUGGAAACGUUGCUGAGUUAGCAGCGUUCAUGCAGAUUUUCUGUACGUAAAUAUACCCGGCAGGACUCUGUUUGGCCAUUCUGCCAGUUCCUUCCCAAACCCGUCCCCACUGCUGUUAGCGUACAGCGCUAUAGAGGCCGGCACAGUGCCGUGUCGUACCGUGGCAGCUACUCUGCCCUCUUCAGCUCUCUCAUUCCCAUCAUGUUGACUUACUGGCUUUUUCUCCAAUGACCUACACUAAAGGUAACUUUGAGGAAUUUUAUUUUUAUUUGUAAAUGCCAUAACGAUAAUUGAAUAGUAUUCCUGUAUAUAAAACGUGUCUCUGUGUGUGAGCUUGUUUUGAAUCUGAAUCCUGGAGAUCAGUGAAUUCAGAACAAACUAAAACGUUAUCUUUGUUCCGGUAACUUCUGUCUUUAGGAAUGUCCCUUUUGUGUACAUCGUCCAUAAAACUAGCUGACUUAGCUUUACUCCUAUUGCGGUUGUUUGGUACUUCUGGCUACUUCCUCCUCUUACUUUCCCCUCCAAACUGAUAAUAAAACUGAAUCCUUCCCAGAAGGGAAUUAUUGGCCAGGUCAAAGAUGGCCAAACUCCUCCCAAACUGGCCAGUAUCCAGACUGUUGUAUUAGACAAAAGAAGGGAUGGUCUGGCCUUUUGUUAUGACCUAUUGCAUUUUCCUCUGCGGACUGAAGGGUCCCUCAUCCAACUCUUAGCAGUACAGGGGGUCCCUAUUGGGCCUGACAUAGACACCCACAGAGUAGUAACUAUGGCCAAAUAAUAUGUGGACAACCCUAUUAAUGACAGUAAUUGUCUAAUUAAGCCGUACCCACUGGUGACACAACAAACACUGGCAGCGGAAUAGGUGGUUGUGCAGAGCAGAUUAGUGACUUUGCACUUGGCACCCUUAUAGGAUGCCGUCCAACAAGUCAGUUUGGCGCUUUUCUGACAUGCUGGAGAUACCCUGGUCAGCUGCAAGUGAAGCAAUUGUGAAAUGGAAACAUCUGGGAGCGAGUUCAGUUGUGAAGUGGUAGAAAGACAAACUCACAGAAAGGGACCUGACCGGCGAACAUCAAUACCCCAACCUGAAAGGCAGCAAAUCCCACCAGCAAUGUUCCAACAUCUACUGGAAAGCCUUCCCAGAAGAGUAGAUAUCGUUGCAUCAAUGGGGUGACCAACUUCAUAUCACUACCCAUGGUUUCAAAAUGAGAUGUUGGACAAGCUGGUGUCCAUGUACUUUGAGCCAAAGUGUCAUGCAUGUUUACCGUAGCACAAUUCCUUCUAAUUUGCCUACAGGUGAGAAAUUUGAUGCAAGUCAAGCUUAAAUUUCUUUAAGAUGUUUUAUCUUGAGGAACAGGAGCAUGUGACUCAUUGGGCUAAGCCCAUGUGCCUGUAAUCAGUUGGUCGUCGGUUCAAACCCAGCCUCAGCAUGUCUGUGGCUCCUUGAGCAAGACCCUUAACCCCCAGCUCCCUGGGUGCUGCUAUAGGUGGCUGCCUCCAUGGUUUGUGAACAGACCAUGGAGACAGAGGGCUGUAUGAUGUCUGGUUCCACUGAUCUUCCCAUCUUAUUGCUGUGUUGGUCUUAAAGAUAUGCAACAAAUCUUGUCUCCCCCCCCCCCCACAAAAAAAAGACAGAAACACAUUCUUUAAGCAUUGAUUAUAUUGCUUGUUCUAACGGGUGGUUGUGUUGCAGUUCAGAAAUCUCAGGCCGCAUUUGCAGCCCUGUUUCUUGUGUAAUAUGUGGUAUUUUGGCCAGUUUCUCAUUCCUGCAGACAUUGUCACAUUUACGUGUAUGAGUGUUGUUAUCAUCAGGGUUUGGGGGAAAGACAAUAAAGAUAUUUUGCCAGAAA